AUACAUCGAGGCACAAUCCUGCUGAGAUACACACAUAGCAGGGAUAUACGCGUUACAUCCGGCGGCAUUCCGGCGACAGUUUCGGUGCUGCUGUACGGCCGUUAUCGAUCAAACACCAAAACGCCGGCCUCCGAAAGGACGAAGUUGCUCGAACUCGAACACCGGCUCCAACGCCUGGCCCCGUACUGAUAGUGACCUGAAGCACCUUUUCGAUGGCGUGCCUGAUUUCAGGCCAGAUGUCCUGGCAUACUUCCCCUUUUCGAGUUUUUGCGUGUCUUGCGCCUGACGGCUACUCCCCGCGAAGGUGAUUUGUCAUACCGUUGCCCUCAGCCCGGCACAUCGUCAGACACAAAAGCCCCCCCAACAAACACGCCGACCGUCUACUAUGAUUGGGUGAAACUUUUUUUUAUGGGAUUUGUUUAGUUUUCGGUUACGGCUGAGCCUGAGCCCGCUCAGUGCAACGAUAUCACUGAUCCCGGGCAGGUGGAUUUGGAUAAACGAAAAGUUGUACCGCUGCAAAAGUAAAUGGGAAAGUGUUCUUGAUCCACCAAACCACGGCAAUCAUCAUCAGCAGAACCUCGAAGCCGUGAGCCACAGUAGUACACUAAUCUUCACGGAAAAGUGCAGCGCCUUCAAAAGAUCAAACCUCAAUCUGUUGUAACGUUCGUGUCCCAAGUGCAUAUAUCAUGCAGUGUGUGUGUUACAAGCCAUAACUACUGCCUGGGCUGAGUUAGUACACACCAGCGAGAAGAGUCGGAAGUGCUUUUAAGUGUCAAAUUCCCUUCACCAGACAAGCGAUAUCCGCCAUCAGCGCGCGCGUGGUACGAUUGUUUGAUUUAUGGAAUGACGAGUUACGAUUGACGGGAAACGAUGUUUUCCGGUCCGUGUUACAACUGCGGUCAUUUCGUGUCUUCAGGACACCGGAACGAACAGUGCCGACGCUACUAACAAACGAACAAUCGCCAUGGUGUCGGUGGUUACCGCGUCCUCCCAUCUUUACGUCACCGGUGUCGACGGUUGCGUGUAAAUAAUCAUCGGAAGCUUUCUUCCCCCCAGAGUAGUACAUAGCGCAUUGUCACGAUGGGUGACUUUGGAUCAGAUAGUGACGAUAGUGACGGAGAGGGAGGUCUAGGCAAUGUGAGCCGCGUCAUCGUUCGACCACCAGGACACAGUGGAAAAGCGAAACGUGGCCACCUAUGCUUCGAUGCAGCAUUCGAAACCGGUAACCUUGGGCGGGUCGAUCUGGUCGGUGAGUUUGAGUACGAUCUCUUUCUCCGGCCGGACACGUGCAAUCCGCGCUAUCGGUUCUGGUUCAACUUCACCGUGGACAACGUGAAACAGGACCAGCGCGUUAUAUUCAACAUUGUCAACAUGAACAAGAGCCGCAAUCUUUUUAAGGACGGCAUGACGCCACUGGUCAAAUCGACCAGCCGUCCAAAAUGGCAGCGUUUGCCCCGGUGCGAGGUGUUCUACUACAAAUCGCCCGUCCAUCAGAACCACUACGUGCUGAGCUUUGCCUUCGGGUUCGACAAGGAGGAUGAGGUGUACCAGUUCGCCCUUACCUUCCCCUAUUCGUACUCCAAGAUGCAGGCGUAUCUGAAUGCGGUUGAGCUCAAGUUUCCGGAAACCUUCGAACGGUCAACGUUGGGCAUGAGCAUCCAAAAUCGCAAACUGGAACUGAUCACGUUCGACGACGUGAAGAAACCGGACAAGAUGGAGCCGAAGAAUGUGAUCCACAUGGUGGUCAUACUGGCCCGCAUACAUCCGGGCGAAUCGCCCGCAUCGUACGUGGUGCAGGGUUUGAUCGAAUUUCUGGCCGCCGCUAAUCAACCGAUUUCGAAGGCACUGCGCGAGCACGUGGUGUUCAAAAUCGUACCGAUGCUCAAUCCGGACGGGGUGUUUCUGGGCAAUAAUCGUUGCAAUGUGAUCGGGCACGAUCUGAACCGAUCGUGGAACAGGCUGUCCCAGUACACGCACCCAACCCUGUCGGCUGUGAUGAAGAUGCUGAAGGAGUACGAUAAUUCCAGUUGUUACCAGGUGGACUUUGUGAUCGAUAUCCAUGCGCAUUCGAGUCUGACCGGAACGUUCAUCUACGGCAGCACGUACGACAACGUGUACCGGUACGAGCGCCAUCUAGUGUUUCCCAAGCUGUUCGCUACCAAGUGCGAGGACUUUUGCCAGGAGCACAUGAUGUUCAACGCGGACGAUCGAAAGUCUGGCACGGCUCGUCGAUACUUUGUGGAGGCGCUCAGCGACAACGUUAACACGUACACGCUGGAGGUGUCGAUGUGCGGGUACUUCCUGAACGGAACCAACAUUCUUACCCAGUACACGGAAGAUGGAUACAUGCGAAUCGGAAGAAAUCUGGCCCGCACAUUCCUGGAGUAUUAUCGAUUCACCAACAUACUGCCCAUCCCUCCCGUCGAUGAGCUACGACCACGGAAGGGUGGUCGGCCCCGGACACACCGACCGCGGGCCCGUUCCAAAACACGCAGCGAGGUACGCGUUCGGCCUAAAACGACCCGUGCCUAUGCACCGAUCAGCUACACGGAUCUGUCCAUCUGUUACGACAGUGCCACCUCGGAGGAUGGUUCCCCGGUGCGGUACAUGUACGGGCACGGCAAUGCCGGGUACGGUGGGUUGCGGAUGCGUCCCCACAUCCAUCAGGAUCAAUUUUCACUGUCCAACAUUCAGGCGGCCCGGUUCAGCAAUCUCGACUUUACCAGCGACUUCCGGCUAAAGGUACCGAAAGCGAAGGGCGUCGCGCAGGAAUCGAAAAUGCCGCCGAUCGAGAUGCUUAACGUGCCCCCGAAGCCACACCUCACGAUUAUCGACUUUAAUCAGCUGACGCGCGGUGGCCUGGAGGAGGCAACGUCCAGUGGCAAACCGAUCGAACGGGAAAAGGAAAAAAUUCGUCGGCACACGUUCAAAUCUUCGUCGUCACGGAAGGCCUGAAUGCAAACGUACCCCAACCGCGCGCUUCUAGAAAGUGU